AUGAAAGAUAAUUAUGCAGUCGACGAUUUUCCCGUUGGUAACAAUGAUUGUAAUAAUGAACAAUAUCUUCGUCAGCAUUCGGGUUCACAAAAUUUUCAAGAAGCCAUUGUUGCGUCCAAAUAUUCAGGCAUCUCCAAGACUUCAGUCGCUGGUAAUAUACAUCAUGAAGUCGAUGCGCACACGAAGAUUGUGAGGUCGUCAACAAAUAGUCAGGGUGAAGUAGUAAACAGGAGAACAGAAAGGACAAAUUGUCAAAUACAAAUGGUCAUUCCUCCUCAACUUGAUUUCCCUGGUGUUCUGUGCGUUGGCAUCUCGGCGCAAAUUGAUCUUCCUGUUUAUAAUCCAACGUUAAGAUGGAUACGAUGCACUUCCGAGAUAAUCUCUUGUAUUGUCAAUGGUGUAAAGGUGCCUUCCGAACAAUGUCCAUUCUCCGCACAAUCAAGAAUAAUGGUUGGACCAAAGUUGACGGAAAAUAUUAAAAUCGAUUUCGUAUGUGUUACUGCCGGUGCCUGCAUGGCCGAUAUGAAGAUUUCAUCCACUCCUGUUGGUGCUGACGACGAGGCCUCCGUGUCAUUUGUUAGCUUGCAAGGUUUUUCCGAAGAGCCAAAACUCGAGAUCAUUGCCGAUGAAAUGCAAGUGUUGGAUUUUGGUGAAGUACAUCACGAUUGUAACAGAUUGAAGCCAUUUAAGAUCGUCAACAAAGGAAUGUCCACUGUGCCUUUAAAAAUGCGAAUAUGUUCAUCCAACUCUUACCCUGGAUUAUUCACGUUCUCUAAAGCCAACUCUUCCGACAACAUCUCUGAUCUUGUGCUGGAAAAUACGACAUUGAAAUGCCUUGCACCUGCUUUCAAUAAUAUGAGUAUGAAAACUGAAUCAGUUGUCAUUUGGAUUGAAGUUUGUGGAAAGAAUCAUCAUUUUGAGAAGUCGGAUGAUCCUGUUGUUGUAAGUGCGGGUGUAAAUAUCCAACUUGACACAGAAAAAGUUGCUAAAAUACUGGGGAAUGUUCAACUUUCUGUUGCAAUGGGCUUUACUAACAUCAAAAUACCAGUGGCAUUUCAGAUGGCGAUGUGUCUAUCAACGUCGGUCGGCAAAAAAGUCACGCGAGAAUUUCCCUUCACUAAUGCUGGUAACAUCAGUGCUCAUGUGGAACUGACCGUACCCAAACAUCUGGAUGUAUUUACAGUCGCGCCUAAUAAAUUCAUAGUUAAACCUGGCAUGGCUGUCAUGGUGAAAGUUGCCUUCAUUCCAAAGCUCAAAGACACUUAUGAAAGUGUGAUUGAAGUUUUUGAACCAGAUAACAACAAAUGUUAUGAGGUGUUACUUCGAGGCUCAGCUGUUGAACCCGAGCCGAAGACUGAGUACAGGUUGCCUUUGUUAUGUAACAAAUCCUGGCUGUGUUGGACUGGUGUUGCACUGGGAAAUGCAUCGCAUCAAAGAAUAUUCUUAUUAAAUGAAUCAUCUGAGGAAACGAUAUAUUUUCAAGCAAGAAUAUCCGGAGAUCAUCCCGAUUUUGAGAUACAACGCAUGCGAUCUGAAUUCUCAAAAGAGAGUAAGUCGACGGAGGAUUUCGUUCUUAGACCAAAGGAGAGAAUGCCCAUCUAUAUUCUCUUCGUUCCAUCCUCACGUUGUAUAGUUGAAAGUGCUUUGGUCCUGAAACCAAAUCGUGGUGUCAAAUUUCAGGUUCCUUUAUAUGCAUAUGGGGGUCGAAGUGCUCUUAAUUUUUUGAAUCUAAAAACUUCAUCAAAUGGCUACGAUGCUUUUUUGGGAGAGGUCUCACUUGGUCGUCGUAACAUCUUGAAAUUAACUGUGAAAAACACUGGUUGUAGAGCUGCUUUUAUUAAGGCUGUUCCUUACGCAGAUUUUCAAAUCCGCCUGCGUUACGAUCAAACUCAUCUCAGUAUUGUACCCAGUGAGUUUGUACUGCCAGAGAGAUCCUCAAAAGAGCUAGUACUGGUGUAUCAGCCAUUACAACACGAUGCUGUAGCGUGUCAGCAGAAGAUGAAAAGAGUCGCGGAUAUCCUCUUUUAUCACGGAGAUGAAGUUUUAAGACGCUGGUUCAGGAGGAAUGGGAAAUCGCAACCGGAAUUUGGUGGAAGAGGUUCAGAGAAUUUUUUAAAACAUGACGACAUUCAGUUUGAUAAAAUUUUUCAAGACGAAAAUUGUAUCGCCGAAGAUAUCAAUUUUCCCGAUUUGGAGAACUCUGAGCAAAUAUUUGAUAGUCAUAUCUCACAAACGUUCAUUCAUCUCUUUGGUGGGGAGGAAAAACAAGGGAUGGAUAAUUUAACCGAUGGUGUUGUCAUGGCUACUCCACGAAAACGUGACAUCGAGCCGGAGACUGGGGCUAGUGUUGCUAAUAAAAAUUUGAAAACAGCAGAGAUAAAGAAAACAACCAGCAAGUGCUUCGUUUUCUACUAA